AUGGCUGUGCAUUUAGAAAUAUUCAAGACAAUCGGGAAAGGCAUAAUUGGAGAAAAUAAGCAUAAGAAGAAUUUCAGGGUUGAUAUCAUUCGGUUGGAGGAAGAUAUGCUGGAGUUUGACAUGAUUGGAAUCGAUGCUGCGAUUGCAAAUGCUUUCCGCAGGAUCCUGCUCGCUGAGGUCCCAACUAUGGCUGUGGAGAAGGCAUUUAUCUACAACAACACCUCCAUUGUACAGGAUGAGAUUCUGGCACAUAGACUGGGGCUCAUCCCCAUCAAAGCAGACCCACGACUGUUUGAAUACAGGAGCGCAGGGGAUGAAGAAGGGACCGAGAUUGAUACUCUUCAGUUUCAACUUAAAGUGAAGUGUACAAGAAAUCCAAAAGCACAAAAAGAUUCAUCUGACCCUGAUGAGCUGUAUUUUAAUCAUAAAGUCUACUCGAAGCAUAUCAAAUGGGUACCAAUUGGAAACCAGGCUGAUCUGUUUGGGCAGGUUGACAUCCGACCCGUUCAUGAUGAUAUCCUGAUUGCUCAACUCCGCCCGGGGCAGGAACUCGAUGUAGUCAUGCACUGCGUGAAAGGAAUCGGUAAAGACCAUGCUAAGUUUUCUCCCGUGGCCACAGCAAGCUACCGCCUUCUUCCUGAUAUAACUUUGCUGAGUCCUGUGGAAGGAGAUCUGGCAGACAAACUAAAACAGUGCUUCUCCCCUGGUGUCAUUGAAGUUCAAACAGUGAAUGGGAGAAAAUUUGCAACAGUUGCGAAUCCUCGCUUGGACACUUGUAGUCGUGAGAUUUUCCGCUAUGAUGACCUUAAGAACCUUGUCCGUCUUGGCAGAAUUCGAAAUCACUACAUCUUUUCAGUAGAGUCAACAGGAAUUCUUCUCCCUGAAGUGUUGGUGUCUGAAGCCUUGAAAGUGUUAAUGACAAAAUGCAGAAAAUUUUUGAAUGAACUGGAUGCAGUACAGGUGGAGUGAACAUUGCAGACUGGUGCAGUUGUGUCUGGGCUGAGAACACUUUGAGGAGUGACUUUGCCACAGGCAGAAGUGGCGGUGAGAACUGUAUCUAAGUGUGUUACAGCAUCAUUGACUGAGGUUCUCAUUCACCUCCCCCAGUAUUAUCAAGGAUUAACACUCGUAUGAGGCAUCCAGCCAAAUACGUCAGCAGUCACCAAGACCUUGUGAAAUGCACCUGAAUUUUUUUCCAAAUAUUUAUCCCCACAUGGGUGUGUAUACAUGACACCGUAUUAAAGAAUUAAUACCUUG